CCGCGAGCCCCGGGCGCCAUUUUGGACUCGGUGUGCGGGCUGAGGCGCAGGGGGCCUACGCGGUGGCCGCGGCUUCGUGAAGGAGCCCCCUGCGACGACGAGGGGUCCCGGGAGAAGGACGCAGGGACUGAGAAGGAAGCUUCCGCCUGGGCAGCCAGAGCCGCAGAGGUGGAGCCGCGUUGGCGCCCGCCCCGGGACCAGCGCCUCGGAUGCGGGCGGAGCGCGGGGGGCCGCGGCGGCGCGAGCGCGACGCGGGGGGCCCCGGGGGUCUCAUGUGAGAGCCGCGGGAGCAGCUGCCGCCGCCGUCCCCGGAGCCCGGGGCGGUGUGUGGGGGAAGCCGCCCCCGGCAGCAGGAUGAAACGAGGAGGAAGAGAUCAUAAUUCAUCAGAAGAAGGGACUACAGAGAAAUCCAAGAAACUGAGGACUACAAAUGAGCAUUCUCAGACUUGUGAUUGGGGUAAUCUCCUUCAAGACAUUAUUCUUCAAGUAUUUAAGUAUUUGCCUCUUCUUGACCGGGCUCAUGCUUCACAAGUUUGCCGCAACUGGAACCAGGUAUUUCACAUGCCUGACUUGUGGAGAUGUUUUGAAUUUGAACUGAAUCAGCCAGCUACAUCUUAUUUGAAAGCUACACAUCCAGAGCUGAUCAAACAGAUUAUUAAAAGACAUUCAAACCAUCUACAAUAUGUCAGCUUCAAGGUGGACAGCAGCAAAGAAUCAGCUGAAGCAGCUUGUGAUAUAUUAUCGCAACUUGUGAAUUGCUCUUUAAAAACACUUGGACUUAUUUCAACUGCUCGGCCAAGCUUUAUGGAUUUACCCAAGUCUCACUUUAUCUCUGCACUGACGGUUGUGUUUGUAAACUCCAAAUCCUUGUCCUCGCUUAAGAUAGAUGAUACCCCAGUAGACGACCCAUCCCUCAAAGUACUAGUGGCCAACAACAGUGAUACACUCAAGCUGCUAAAAAUGAGCAGUUGUCCUCACGUCUCUCCAGCAGGUAUCCUUUGUGUGGCUGACCAAUGUCAUGGCUUACGUGAACUGGCCCUGAAUUACCACUUGUUAAGUGAUGAAUUGCUGCUUGCUUUAUCUUCUGAAAAACACGUUCGAUUAGAACAUUUGCGUAUUGAUGUAGUCAGUGAGAAUCCUGGACAGACACACUUUCAUACUAUUCAGAAGAGCAGCUGGGAUGCUUUCAUCAGACAUUCACCUAAAGUGAACUUAGUGAUGUAUUUUUUUUUAUAUGAAGAGGAAUUUGAUCCAUUCUUUCGGUAUGAAAUACCUGCUACUCAUCUUUAUUUCGGAAGAUCAGUAAGCAAAGAUGUGCUUGGCCGAGUGGGAAUGACCUGCCCUCGACUAGUUGAACUAGUAGUGUGUGCUAAUGGAUUACGGCCACUUGAUGAAGAGUUAAUUCGCAUUGCAGAACGUUGCAAAAAUUUGUCAGCUAUUGGACUAGGGGAAUGUGAAGUCUCAUGUAGUGCCUUUGUUGAGUUUGUGAAGAUGUGUGGUGGCCGCCUGUCUCAAUUAUCCAUUAUGGAAGAAGUAUUAAUUCCUGACCAAAAGUAUAGUCUGGAGCAGAUUCAUUGGGAAGUGUCCAAGCAUCUUGGUAGGGUGUGGUUUCCAGACAUGAUGCCCACUUGGUAAAGACUGAAUGAUGUAGGGCAUGAUGAAUAGCACCUUAACUUUAAGCAUAUUGUAUUAUAAUACAAGUUUUAUUUCCUGUAGUUCUGAUGUAAUUCUACUAUUUUGUGGCAUGGAAAUUUGAUAUCUGCAUUGAGUAUAUAAGGACUGUUUGUUGGAGGACCCAUGGACCAGUUUUGGUCAGAAAACUUCAUCUGUUUCUUUACCCUAAUAGCAAUCAAAUGUCAGAAAUUUUUUUUUAAAAUGUGGUUCAGAUCUGAAAGUAAUAACCAGUUAUAAAGAGUAAACAUUUUACAAUCUGAAGGAAACAAAACCUAUAUAUUAUAAUAUUCAAGAAGUGAAUACUAACAGAUUUUCCAAAAUGUUCUCUAUGCAUUUUUUAAAAAAUGUGAACUUGACAUUUAGUUAGGGUCUUCAGUUAUACUUACACCUGUUAUAAGGUGUUUAAUAUAGCUCAGGAAAGUGAGCACUUUGUGAGAAAAAUGUAGGAUAUAUUGUAUCUAAUGAAAGAGAUUGGUUGAAUGUUCUCAAAUGUUACAGAGCUAUUUAAAGAGGUAUAUAUAGGUAAUUGGAACACUUAGAAAACUGAUAAAAUUGUCACACAGUGGUUAGGAUAGAAGGAUAAUAAACAGAGCCAAGAUGAAAUUAAAAGAAAAUAAAUGGAAUAGAAGGGAGGCAGCAUUUAGCUUUGUAUAAACUCUUAGGUCUGCUCUAUAAUCUGCUAAACCAUAUAAUUCUUUUCUGUGAUAUGUUACUGUGCAUGUGGCACUUGAGGCAUCAUGUGUAAAGGAAGGAAUGCUUUACCAGUUCUUGGUUUUGUUCGUCUUUGUUUAAACUAGUUUUGAAAUAUUAUACAGUAAUUGAAAUGAAAAGCUUAUCUAUUUAAAAAAGCCAAAUUGAAAUAAAGGUAGAACUUCAAAAUGUUUAUAAAUUGUUUCCAUGAAAGAAUAUUACUCUCUAGUGAAUUUUAGUGAUGGCUUAUUUUUCCAUUUUGGAAUUAUAUCGUUAUGUAAGUAGAAUUUUCAAAAUCAUAAAAGGAGCACCAGUGUACAGUUCAGCAUAAAGAGCAAAUUUAAGAGAUAUAUUUAAAUUCAUAAUCGUAUUUUUGAGUAAAUAUUGCUCAGUGGGCUGGAAAAUUUUAAUAGAAAAAUGUUUGCAAUUUUGUGAUUGUUAAUUUGGUUAAACUGAUAUAUUAUUUAAGUUAGGUAGCAUUUUUAUCACUUUCAUAUGAAUAAAGGUAAUCCAUACAUUGUAGAAUCUGUAAAAAUGUUGUUUUGGGCUACAUUUAGUUUUUUAGAUAUUAUAUAAACUUUGAUUCUGAGCACUAGUGCUAGUAGAUCCUACCAUCCUAAGGGGAAUUAGAAGUGAUUUACCCCCAAUGGAAUAUAUUAAUGCUUGAAACUUGGAGAAAGCAUCUCCGUAGUUAUGGAAGCUAACAGUUUUACAAAUCUAAUCUAUUUUUAAAAUAGGUUAGCUUCCUAAGAAUAAAGUAAAAUGUGAUUUUCUACAUAAUUUAUGCUUUUCAAAAGUGAUGGUAUUCUGGCCACAUAUAAAUGAGAAGAGGAAAGGCUGAUCCAGACUUGGAAAUGAAAAGCAAUUAUUGUAAUAUUUUCCCAUCUUACUAAAUAGUAAAAAGCUUCGAUUGUGCAAGAAAUACCUGUGUUAGUGGAUAUAGCUCUUUUUCCUUGAAUAACUUUGGAAAAUGGAUUUGACAGUACAUAAUCAGUUCUACUAACCAAAGCUUUAUUGGGAAGUUUACUUUUUGUACAAAUUGAAUUAUAUAAUGCUUGAAAUACUUUGUCACUUUAUAAGCAAAAUACAUAGCACUUAAUUUGUUUAUACUGUAAAGUAUAUGUUAAAUGCUUUUAUCAAUUUCAGAAUAAAGAUAGUUACUAAGGCUUUUGU